AUUGUUAUUAUCUAAAUCUAAAUCUAGACAAGGACAUUUUGAUGACUACACAUUUUGUUACUUUCCUUUAUUUCACAACACCCUUCGCUUCUGAAUUUGAGAGUAAACUCAGAUCCCUUCAUACAAGCAAGGGAAAACAUUCAAUUUAACACAUUCAUCAGCUUUCUUAAAAGACGGUGUUUAUCAUCAUGUCUACACAUGCCAUGAUACAGUUUAGUAUUUUGCUGCUGCUGGUGGCUCUCUCUGUGUCACAAACAUGUGAUGGUAUGAGGGGUUUUCCAGGAAGACCAGGUAUUCCAGGACCCCAUGGUGCCAAUGGGAAUGACGGUCCAAAAGGGGAAAAAGGAGAUCAAGGUGAAGCUGCAGCCCCGGUGGCUGGACCAAAAGGAGAACCUGGAAUUGCUGGAUUACCAGGCAGACCAGGCCUGAUGGGUGACGACGGGAUGCCAGGAAAACUAGGAUCUCCGGGUCAGAAGGGAGAUAGGGGAGAUUUUACAGGGGCAGACAGUGUGUACCAGCAUUCUGUUUUCUCUUACAAAAAACGCCCUUUUUCAAAUUGGGUUACACCUGGCACAGCAAUAAGCUUUGAAACCUCACUGAUCUCUGAUGUCAAUGAUAAGUUACAGUCUAAUAGCAUCUUCAGUGUAACAAUAGCAGGGAUGUAUUACAUUAGCUACCAUGUGUCCUCAAGGUUAGAGGGCUGUCUUAAAAUUCAGGUGGGGGAGGAGGAGAAGGUCAGGUUUUGUGAUGAACCUGGUUCAAUAUCUGUGUCCUCAGGUUCUGUGGUAUUGCCAUUAAAUAUAGGGCAAAAUGUGUCUGUGCAGACCACACAUCAUAGCCAAAUCUACAGUAGAGACACUGACUGCAUCUUUACGGGUUUCUUGCUCUUCCCAACAAAUUAGUAAUACAAAAUAUGCAUUUAAACUCUUUUAUGUACUCUUCUUUAGAUUAUUUGUGACCAUGUCUGUGUAGUCUAAAUUCUUAUAGGGGCGGUGUCCCAAACACGGCUCAUCCCAGACUAAAAAGCAUGUUUGUGCUGCCUUCAUUUAAAAACACCUUGUACUGACAUAUUUAACAUAAAUCAGUGCAAAUUAAUUUGUCUCAAGAUGCACACCUGUACUGUUUUUUGUAAGGUUUGUUUGUAAAAACUACUUAAAUGUCCUAAUAUAGCUAUGGCCUAAUCCAGGAUUAAUCCAAACCAUGUGGGUUUCACGUUUUUAACACCAAAGUAGAUGAUGACACGAGUUAUCUCCAACGUAAAUCUCUUUUCUUGGACUACAACAAACACACGGAUUGUAGGCAACAGUUUACUUCCUGGGAUUGGUGAUGUAGACAAGACCGACAUUAUCAUAAUUCCUUACAUUAUGUAGGAUGAUUUAUGUAGAAAACAAUAAAUCAGAAAAAAGCAGACUGGGUCACAUUUGUCAAACAUUGCUUAAACAUUUGUGAAUCAAAUGUAAUGUGCUAAUUAAAAUGUAAUUGUAACAA